AGAAAUCAAAUGUUCACUUCAGUUGAUUAUUAAGAAUGUUUCCUAAAUCUUAAGUUGGAAAUGAAGUUAACUGCUUUUUAUUUGCUGCUUUUAUUAAUUAGUUGAAUUAAUCAUUUUACUUAACCUUUUCCAGGCAUUAUGCAAGACUUCUACAUCAGAAUUACUAUCACAGUUAUAGGUCUUUGCUUUCCGAGAACAGCAACAAACCCACCAAGAAAAAUUGGUGUUUUCCACAACCCUGAAUACCAAUGGAACACACAUCUUCUGGCAAACUGGUCUUCUACAAGACACAAGUCACAGAUAGCAGACACCAUGGAUGUGAGCUCCCUUUCCUUUCAAGUCCUUUUCCAGUCCCACACGAGGAAAAAAUGGCAAAUAAAACAUCUGGACCUCAGUAACCGUAGCAUAUCGACAAUGACCCUCAGCCCGCUGGCUACUUUAUAUGCUCUGGAAGUACUAAACCUCAGCAACAAUGCCCUGCACUCCCUCUCACUGGAUCUGCCUCCUGCUCGACUGGCUCAGCAAGAGUCUCACAGACACAGCUGCCAUAGCCAACUGCCCCGUCUACAGGUGCUGAUACUUCAGAGAAAUGAACUCAGUGGCACUCCUAAAGGACUGUGGAAGCUGGAGUCGCUGCAGAGUCUGGAUCUGUCAUUCAACAGGAUAGUUCACAUUGGGCUGCCUGAUUUUCAUAGCUGCCUGCAGCUGGAGAGCAUCUAUUUAAAGAGCAACAAGAUAUGCACGAUUCACCCUGAAGCCUUUAAGGGCCUCAACAAAUUACAGGUGGUAGACCUCAGGAGCAAUGCACUGACCACCCUUGCACCCAUUGUGACCAUUGCUCUACAAUUACCCCACCUGGAACUUGACUUGGCUGAUAACCAGUGGCAGUGUAGCAAGAGCAAUGUCAACUUCCAAAAUGCCACCUCUGCAUCCUGGAGGGAGAAGUGGGAUGCAAUCUGCAACAUGUCUGUGGGGAAUGAGAAGCCAUAUUUGGAGGCUCCCCAGAUCAGAAUUUCCAGGGAAGCACACCUUCCUCCUACUCCACCUGAGGAGAAAAGCGUCAUUCAGAGCAAGGCAGAGAGGUCCCAGGGAGGAGGGGACAUUCCCCUUUCCACUCUGGAGAAGCAGGCACAGGUGGGCUAUGAUGACCUGGAGGAGAUACAGCCAUGGCCCUCCACAGAACACAGAGACUCCCAGGACGGACAUGACACUGUCAAAAAGGGAGAUGAUUCCCCAGAUCUCGUCCUGGCCAUCUGCCUGUCCGUGUUCAUCACAUUUGUGGUGGCCUUCUGCCUGGGCGCUUUCGCAAGGCCUUAUAUUGACAGGCUAUGGCAAAAAAGCUGCCUGAACAAAAGGGCUGGCUCUGAAAAUGCCUAUGCAAAUGAGGGCUUCUAUGAUGAAGUUGAAGCUUCCCAACGUGCACAGUGCCAAGGGACAGAGCUGCACCAAGCUCCCCACCACCUCAACCUUUAUGAGAGACAGAACCCUUCCUGGGUGACAGAGCCAAUCCCAUAUGAUGCUGUCAUGUCAGAUAGGGCAUUGGAGAGUGGCAGGAUGGAGCUCAAUGACCCACAGAACCCAGUGCAACUCGAGGACAGCAUCGGGGUGAGAAGUGGAGACUGCAAGGCACUUCUGUAUGCCCAUGUGACCCAUUCUGCUCUCCCUGGACUCCCACAUGCUGAUACUCAAGAGCCUGUUUCAACAGGGCAGGAUCACUGCGAUGGUCCAGAAGAAUUACAUUAUGACACGGUAGGCUGGGAAUAUCCUCUCUACGAGGGUGUGACAGAUGGAUCUUCCAUUGCUGGCCCUCUGGGAACUAUCCCCAGCUCCAUCGAUGGUGGAUGGGAUGAAUUGUACCUGUCACAGUCAAGAGAUGUUGUAGCUCCCAUCUCCCAAGCUCUAGUACAUGCAAACACACAAAGGUCUGGGGAGAGUAAGGAAAAAGGGUGCCCUGAACCUUUGGAAGCUGUGGACUCACCAAUGGAAUCUUCCCUGGUGAGCAAUUCCAUUCAAGGGCUGGCCACACAGCAGCCAUGCUUCCAGGCAGCCGAUGAUGAGGAAGAAGUUUCAGGUAUCUAUGAUGAGGUCUCAUACAAUGACUCAGGAGAUGUAGACCGACCCUCCCUUACGCCAAGAUGGGACAGCGAUUCCCAUGUCACUCCUGACUCUGAGAAACUUGUGCUAAGAGGUGCUCCUUUUGACUCUCAUUAUGACUUGGUGACCAAUUACCAGUCCGAUUCUGAUGAGGGCUCUUUGUUUACCCUGAGUUCUGAGGAUUCUGAGGAUGAAAGGAACUUGACUGAGGAACAAGUAUCUGUGGAGAAUGGUGGGGCCAGUGAGCCUCUCCCCAGCACGAACUUGGGAGAAUAUGAGGAAAAUGUGACAUCAGCAAGAAGUGAUGAGGACAUCAUCUCACAGAGGAUUCUGGAGAAAUGUGAAAUUCAGGAAGCUCUCUUUGGAAACCUUCUCAUUUCUAGUCCAGACUCCUUUGUUGAGAUGAAUCUGGGAAGUGACGCUAACUCCAUUGUCCCUGAGAAUAUAACAACCUGGCCCUGGGCUCCAGGCCAUAAGCUAUCACAUUAUGAGAUCCCAGGCAUAUUUGUAGGUAAUGGUGAUGUAGGGCCCCAGUCCAAGGCAGUAGGGCACUACUGCCUUAGCGACCUGGAAUUCCCAAAUGUGAAUCAUUCACCAUCACCGAGGAGCCUGCCACCAAAGAGAAGUACACAUUGGUAA